ACCGUCGUCUUCGCUUUGUUUCGUUUCGGGGUUUUUAACCAUUCGUUCGUUCUAAUCUCUACAAUCCAGCGUUUCUCUCUCUCUCUCAAGAUUCUCGUUUCAAGCUUAUCAAUUAAUAUUUCGCCAUUUCAAGUAUUUGAUUCUGCAAAAUCCACUUUGAUCUGCUUCGGAUUUUCUUCCUUUCAAUAGCUGUUGAACAGAUGGAGCAAAACUUCUUUGAGCCUGAGGCACACUUCGAAUCCAACGGAGAUGUCUCUGUCAAGCAGAAAUGGAAAUCCAUGUCAGCUACCUCAACCGUUGACGAAAACGAAAGUGGCUGCUUUGAGUGCAACAUAUGUUUAGACUCGGCAAAUGAGCCUGUGGUCACUCUCUGUGGUCACCUUUACUGCUGGCCUUGCAUUUACAAAUGGCUUCAGGUUCAGAGCGACUCAGACGAGUUAGAUCAGCAAAACUGCCCUGUCUGCAAGGCUAACAUCUCGCAUGCUUCAUUGGUUCCUCUCUAUGGCCGUGGCACAUCCCGUUCGGAUUCCGAUACCAAGAAACCCCAGUUGGUCAUACCACGCAGGCCACUUCCAUCUGGGUUGAACGCUAUAAUAACUUCUACCACGACCUCUACGUCGCAGCAGAAUCAUCCUCUAUAUCCAAACUAUUUCCAGUCCAAUUCGCAGUCACUUCACCAGCAAUAUUUCCCCCAUCCGUAUGGAGCUCAUGUUACAAACAAUCUGCCACCGUCUCAUCUCGGGGCUGCAGUGAUGACGAGCUUAAUCAAUCCGACGAUUGAAAUUUUUGGCGAGAUGGUUUUUGCGAGAAUUUUUGGGAGCUCGGGUACGAGUUUGUUCUCUUAUUCUCCUCCGAUUGGAAGUAGCAGUCCAAGGAUGAGAAGGCAUGAAGUGCAGGUUGACAGAUCACUUAACAGGGUGUCUAUCUUUCUUUUCUGCUGCAUUAUGUUGUGUCUUCUCUUGUUCUGAUUCUACUCACUUUGUUGGCUUUGCUUCUGUAUAGUUCUCAAAACUUGUAAUGUGAAUAUAGAAGAAUAUAAUUGAUGUUAGAGAUUUUUGCUGAAAGAUUGCUGUGACAUAUCAUUUGAUCUGUACAUAGUGUUGUAUGUUCAAUGACGAUUGUUUAAAAACUUCUCUAUUAUAGUAAUCAAAAUACUGUUGACUGACCAAAA